AGGGACUGCGCCUGCGCGGAAGAACACUGGACAACAAAGUUGAACGUCAGAUUACCCCGACCAAGAUUUGGGUUGAUACUCUCACACUGAAAGCAUAAUGGAGGAGGAGGAGCCCCCCGUAGAUGGCGAGAUGGCCCCCAACUCUGCAGAGACCUACGCCGCUCAGUCCAUGGCUGCAGACAUGGACCCCUGGAUUGUGUUUGACUCGAGGAGAACUCCCAGAUCCGAGUUCGAUGGCUGGCUGGAGAGUAACAGGCCUUCAAAAGUGCCCAGAUAUGGUGACGAGGAAGGUGGUAUGGGCCCCGUGGGGUGGAUUGCUGUGCGGGCCCCGACCUACUCUCCAAACAGUGGGGAUGUCGAGGGUCUCCAGGAGGGCUGGGAGCAACUUUUGGCCAGUGGCCGGUCUGUAAGCUUCCAGACAGUGAAGGAGCUGGCCCUGAACUACGGAGUGCUCUCGGGCAAAUGGCUGAUGCACUUGGACUCUGGUUUCAAGCUGGACAAUGCGUGGGAGUGUGUGGCCAGAGCGGCCCUGGAUGGCAAGGUCUGGACAUGUAAAGUCAGUACCUAUGACCCCAAGGGAGAGUGCAAGCAGGUAAUUUGUGUCUACAACGAUAACUUCACCGACGAGAGCGAGAUUGUUAAGCUGGACUCUGUUAUCCGCGCUACAGGGGUCAAGUGCCCUCUCACCUACAAGCCGGAUGUGUACACAUACCUGGGAAUCUACCGAAACAACCGCUGGAAGCUUUGCCCAACCAUUUAUGAGAGCAAAUUUAACCUCGAGUGCAUACCUAGACGUUCCCACAUCAUCAACAGAGUCACCAAUCUUGAAGUAACAUAAGCCUGAACAAGAGUUUGUUGAGGCACUUAUUUGUGAUCUACGUUUCAUUGACUGAAAUAUCUCAAGUUCUUCCUUUUUGGCAACAAAAAAAAGCACUAAAUCUCAUUUCAGUCUUGUCUUCUCAUGCUGUCAUUUUUCAAAGUGACCUGAAAUAUUGUCACACAUUAUUUUUUUAAUUGAAUAUAUUCAUAAUGAAUAAGAAUAUUCUGUAUGUAUUCUUGAGAUUCUGUUUGUAACACACUUAUACUUACGUGACAGGUUCGCUGUAGAAAUCCUCGGAGGAGAAUUUGC